AUGGCGGAGAAGGCGCUGGAGGCCGUGGGCUGUGGACUAGGACCCGGGGCCGUGGCCAUGGCCGUGGCGCUGGAGGACGGGGCGGAGCCCCCGAUGCUGACCACGCACCUGAAGAAGGUGGAGAACCACAUCACCGAAGCCCAGCGCUUCUCCCACCUACCCAAGCGCUCAGCAGUGGACAUCGAGUUCGUGGAGCUGUCCUAUUCCGUGCGGGAGGGGCCCUGCUGGCGCAAACGGGGUUAUAAGACCCUCCUCAAGUGCCUGUCGGGUAAAUUCUGCCGCCGGGAGCUGAUCGGCAUCAUGGGCCCCUCGGGGGCUGGCAAGUCCACAUUCAUGAACAUCCUGGCAGGGUACAGGGAGUCUGGCAUGAAGGGGCAGAUCCUGGUCAACGGGAGGCCGCGGGAACUGAGGACCUUCCGCAAGAUGUCCUGUUACAUCAUGCAGGAAGACAUGCUGCUCCCACACCUGACGGUGUUGGAAGCCAUGAUGGUCUCUGCUAACCUGAAGCUGAGUGAGAAGCAAGAGGUGAAGAAGGAACUGGUGACGGAGAUCCUGACAGCCCUGGGCCUGAUGUCCUGCUCCCACACGAGGACGGCCCUGCUCUCCGGUGGGCAGAGGAAGCGCCUGGCCAUCGCCCUGGAGCUGGUCAACAACCCGCCGGUCAUGUUCUUUGACGAACCCACCAGUGGUCUGGACAGCGCCUCCUGUUUCCAAGUGGUGUCCCUCAUGAAGUCCCUGGCCCAGGGGGGCCGUACCAUCAUCUGCACCAUCCACCAGCCCAGUGCCAAGCUCUUUGAGAUGUUUGACAAGCUGUACAUCCUGAGCCAGGGUCAGUGCAUCUUCAAGGGCGUGGUCACCAACCUGAUCCCCUACCUGAAGGGGCUCGGCUUGCACUGCCCCACUUACCACAACCCGGCUGAUUUCAUCAUCGAAGUGGCCUCUGGAGAGUACGGAGACCUCAACCCCAUGCUGUUCAGGGCUGUGCAGAAUGGGCUCUGUACCAUGGCUGAGAAGAAGAGCAUCCCAGAGAAGAAUGAGGUCCCCACCCCUUGCCCCCCUUGCCCUCAGGAAGUGGAUCCCAUCGAAAGCCACACCUUUGCCACCAGCACCCUUACACAGUUCUGCAUCCUUUUCAAGAGGACCUUCUUGUCCAUCCUCAGGGACACGGUCCUGACCCACCUGCGGUUUGUGUCCCACGUGGUAAUCGGCGUGCUCAUUGGUCUCCUUUACCUGCACAUCGGUAACGAUGCCAGCAAGGUCUUCAACAACACCGGCUGCCUCUUCUUCUCCAUGCUGUUCCUCAUGUUUGCUGCCCUUAUGCCAACUGUGCUCACCUUCCCCUUAGAGAUGGCAGUCUUCAUGAGGGAGCAUCUCAACUACUGGUACAGCCUCAAAGCAUAUUAUCUGGCCAAGACCAUGGCCGACGUGCCCUUUCAGGUGGUGUGCCCGGUGGUAUAUUGCAGCAUUAUGUACUGGAUGACAGGCCAGCCAGCUGAAACCAGUCGCUUCCUGCUCUUCUCAGCCCUGGCCACUGCCACCGCCUUGGUGGCCCAGUCUUUGGGGCUGCUGAUUGGAGCCGCCUCCAAUUCCCUACAGGUGGCCACCUUUGUGGGCCCAGUUACCGCCAUCCCUGUCCUCUUGUUCUCCGGUUUCUUUGUCAGCUUCAAGACCAUCCCCACUUACCUGCAAUGGAGCUCCUACCUCUCCUAUGUCAGGUAUGGCUUUGAGGGUGUGAUUCUGACCAUCUAUGGCAUGGAUCGAGAAGAUCUGACCUGCCUGGAGGAGCACUGCCCUUUCCAGAAUCCACAGAGUAUCCUCCGAGCGUUGGAUGUGGAGGACGCCAAGCUCUACAUGGACUUCCUGGUCUUGGGCAUCUUCUUCCUGGCCUUGCGGCUGCUGGCGUACCUUGUGCUCCGUUACCGGGUCAAGUCCGAGAGAUAGAGCCUGGCCCUGGCCUGCGCCCCAG